AUGAAGUCCACCUUCUUCACCGCAGCAGUCGCUGCCAUCACACUAGCCGGCACCACCUUCGCAGCACCCCUCGACAAGCGACAAUGCUACAUCGACGCAGAAGGCAAGCAAACAUGCAGCACAACACCCACAUGCACAACCCAACCCGACGGCUCGAUCGCCUGUGUCCUCAGAAGAAGUGAAAACGAGCUCGCCAAGCGACAAUGCUCCAUCGACGAGUCCGGCAAACAGACCUGCAGCACAACACCCAUCUGCACAACCCACGAGGACGGCACAAUCACCUGUGUCCUCAAGCGUGCCGAGAGCGAAGAACUCGAGAAGCGGCAAUGCUGGAUCACUGAGGACGGCGAGUCUCACUGUAACGACACUCCCAUCUGCACCACCCACGACGACGGCACAAUCACAUGCGUCCUGAAGCGCAGUGAGGAUCUCGCCAAGCGACAAUGCUACAUCGACGAAGAGGGCGAAUCGCACUGCAACGACACGCCCACUUGCACAACCCAGCCAGACGGGACUCUCGCCUGUGUGCUGAAGCGCAGUGCCGACCUCGCCAAGCGCCAAUGCUACAUCGACGAAGAGGGCAAAUCGCACUGCUCCACCACCCCCGUCUGCAAGGAACAAGAAGACGGCACCAUCGCAUGCGUCCUGAAGCGCAGCGAGCACCUCACCAAGCGCCAAUGCUACAUCGACGAGCAAGGGGAGCAGAAGUGCGCCACGGAGCCACAAUGCUUUGAGAAUGAGGAUGGGAGUGAGUACUGCGUUCUCAAGCGGGAUGUUGAGGAGAAGGUAAGCAAGCGGCAAUGUUGGGUUGAUGAGGUGGGGAAGUGGGAGUGUGCUACGGAGCCGCAGUGUCAUAUUGAAGAGGAUGGGACGGAGGUUUGUGUCCUUUGA